CGAAAAAUUGAUUUGUCCAUCAAAACAGCUUUAUAAAAAUAUUUGGGAGGUCAUCUUUUUUAAAUUAAAUGCCCAUCAGUCGUCGCUACUGUUUUUCUUCUUCCGUCAUCGCGCCCUUCCACUACCAAACACCCUUUACUUUCUUCUUCUUCCUCUUCCCCCCAUUUUUUAACCAAAAAUUCAACAAUCACUUUUCCCGCUCUGUCGCAUUUUCCUCUUUUUAUAAAUUUCUUUUUUUAAAUGUUUCAACGAGUGACAGCGCGUACCAGGAGGAGGAAGCGCAUAUUUAUAGGACGAGGAAGGAGAAAAAUGAAAGGAGGAGGAAUGGGAGGUGGACACCGGUGUGGUCUAUAUACUACAUUUUCUGUGUUUAUUCAGUAAAAAAAGGAGAAAAUUGGACACGCCCAUAA